AUGGAGGAAUUCUUGCAUCUACCAAAUGGACAUCUGCUAAAUCUUCAGCCUCGACCCCGCCACGGCAAGCGGACAAGAGUCAGUAACGAGGUAUUAACGCCCACGCGAGUGCAAGAAACUACGCCCAAACCCGACGAGCGUCUCAAGUUCGGAGGGAAAGACAGCACCAGCGCUUCGCCUGACACGGCUCCGCGAAAGAAGACCCCUACCAAAUUACCCCUUCCCAAGUCUCUUACCGACAAGGAGAAACAGCAGCCAAAGGAGCAACCCGCCACUUCUGAACAGAAAGGGCAUCGCGCAGAUAGAGUUCUUCAGCCGAAGAGGUCGUUUGGAGCACUGCAGCGUUCAUCCCCCAAGAAGACAGACAACGAUCGCGACCAAUACUGGCGCAAAGUGAAGGAUAGGUUUGAGAAAGAUAUUCCCGGAGCAUCUUUCAGUAAAGAGAAACCGAAGGAAUACUACCAGGAGGCCUACCGAAAGAUAGUUUCACUAGCCAACUCUCCAAGACAGGAGAUUGCCAAACAGAAGCAGAAAUUGGCGGGAGGGGUGCCUCGGGGCGACAAAACAGUUCUCCAAGGUCCGAGCCCUCCAACAAAGAUUCCGAAUUCGAACGACAUUCGAACAAGUUUUGGGCGCACUGCGAGAGAAGGGGGAGCAGGAUCCUCUACUGGUCAAAGAAAGCGUCCGAUCAAUGUAAACCAACGAACGCACCUGAACUUCAGCAGCUCCACACCAGCAAUAUCGUCUGAGAGAACAGACACUAACACCGACUCCUCCGAACACUCACAUCCCUCAGUUUCACCCAUAUCCGCUCCGUCCAGCUCCUUAACCGAGUGGGAAGACAAGUUUGUUGUUAAUAUGCCAACGGCUAAGGAGCCAAAUCCGCCGAUCAUGACUACUCAACAAAUCUCCGAUUUUCAGCAAAGCAUUGAGAAAGUCCACAAGGAAGGCGGGGCGAUGCUAGAUCCAGACACUCUCCCAAGCCCGCGUACCAGAACCCCCGAGGAUAGCACCAGCAAUCCUCCUGGGCAAGAAAAGACUUCGACGGGCCUUGAUGGUCAAGAUUCACGUGUCGGCCGCCCCACUGAAGUCAGUGAUUCCAAUUGUUCAUCAGGACACCGCCGCUAUUAUAGCCCAGAAGAAGUCGGAAAGCAACGGUUCAGCACAAUAUGGGAAGAGGGCCCUGCAAAAUCGGUGAACAAGACCCCCGCUGCAAACCCAGAUGGUUCUUUUUUAGGGUGCAAGGAGAUCAACGGGCCUUACGACAAAAAUCCGGACGAGAUUCUGCUCUUCUCUAUGACGGACGAGCGCCCCAGAAUGAUAGACAUCCCGUCCGGACGAUCCAAGGUGUCGAAGGAAGGGAAGCGAAUCACCAGCAACCGUGCAACGUCGACAUCUCCGGAGAAAUCUGUCGUUCAAGAAGAAUGGAAACCAAUUUCUCGGAAUUUGAAACAAGCCCAAUGCUCGAAGCCCUUGCCCAAGACAAUGUGUCAAGAGGCAAAGUGCCGCCUGCCGGACCAGACGGAGGUCUCUGCCAAAGCGUCUAUGACGGAGAACCUGGAUCCAUCAGCAAACACAACCAAGCAGCACGACAAGCAGAAGUUGGGCCGCAAGUCGGACGAUGUUUUCAUUAUCACACCCACUAUCACACGCACUAUGGUGACCAUGGCAGACUUGAGAAGCAGCCCAAAGAAUGCAGACGCGCAGGAGCCCACCUCUCGCGCCGCGGGAGAGAUAAUAUCGGACUCACGAGUAAAGCAGACACUGAGCAGUUCGGCAUCAGGCUUGCGAAGGGCUACCCAAAACUCUUGGGAAAAGUCAAAUACGCCAUGCGCAGUAUCUUCAACUGCAGUCCCUCCUACCAAUACACAUCCCACCCCCAAAAGUCGAACAGAAGCCGACCGUACCUCUCCGCAAAGACCCCGCGCUAUUCGUGGGUUCAUCCGUACGCAAGGACUGCCCAAGUCCAAAACAGAAAUAUCCGGCGAGCCAGUGUGCAAUAAUCAGCAGAAGCCUUACAUUGCUAGUGUAUCGCCUAAAAGAGGCAACACACACUCAUUGAAGAGCGCGUCGGAUACGACACUCGUUGAGAAACCGUCAACUCCCGAGGCAAUUUCUCCUACGGCCUCGAUUAGCAAAGAUAGGUUUAGACAGGACAGCGUUAUGCAAGAGGCUGGACCUAUUGAAGUUGCUGAACUGGAUGGGCAACAAGUGUCUGACACAGCAAAAGAGUUGUUCUACUCUAAGAUUACUGAUUUUAACACUGAUCUACAUUGCAACGGUCUACCUACCCACAACAAGGAAGCGCCAAGUCAGGAGAUAAUGGGCUAUGUCAGGGAUGCUCUUAUAGAGCUUACCGGACAGCUGCAAGGUCUCUAUGAUGAAAUCAUGGCCAACCGGCAUUCCCGGGCUAUGCUAGUGAAGAUCACCUUCAAUAAUGUAUUGAAAAUGAUCGAGCACUGCUUGCAUGUCCUCAAAGAUCUUCUGGGAAUCCUGGCCCUCUACAAUACGACAGGGUCCUGGCCAAAACCCACUCGCGAGGAUUUCGCUCGGUCAUUGAUUGAUCUCUGCAAGGCUAUGGUCUACCUCAUUGCGCUCGGGUUCGUCAUGAUGGUCAUAGGCCGAGCAGCCGGGUAUGUGGUCCUUGUUGGCAGUUGGAUUGUGUGGUUUGCAAGGCCCUUCGCAUGGUUACUGGGGGCAUUAGGAAGGGCUCUCUUGGUAUAAGCUGGUCUGUCCUUGGGUUAGUCGGUUUGGUUGUUGAUAUAAAGCGGCCUUGGCUCAGGUUAUGCUAAGGUAACACCUGUUCUGCUUGUUCGCUUACAUUUCUUUCAAGCGUGACAGGGAAGCACAUGACGUUCCUGCUUAACCGUGUGUCAAUGUUGGUUGGUUAUCAUGUAUCAUGUUUCCAAGUAUUUUUAACGUAAUGCGGUGUAUCCAUUAUUACCUCCUGUACCUAGUCUAGUCUAGCGACUCGUUGAAUGUUAAAUGAAAUGCAUCUUGCC